AUUGCUACAUUUUAAAUAUAUGAGAGGAUGCUGACAACAUAGUUAUUACUAGGUAGCAGUAACAAAGUACCUUGGGAAGACAACUGUGUGAGUGGUAAUCAGGGUGUGUUUUGAACUCCUCAGGAGUAACUCGAAUGAAUUGCUUGGAAGAGGAUGAUGGAAGGGGACUUGACUUUGUUUGGAUGCUUAUAACACUUUAACCCCGGGACGACAGAAGGAGCAACAGGAAGAGACGUUAUCAAGACCAUGGAAAUGGUAUUUCGUUGAUGGUUGUGGAUUAUGAACAUCUGAUGUCAGAUUCUUCAAGGAUUUUGAACUGGAGCACAGUUUGCAUUGAGAGUUUAGACCAGUCUUCUCCUGCUGGGUUGGAUCUUCAAUACAGAUCCUGGAGGGCUCUGAUAAAUCAGGUGUCAGCCGUCUAUUAUUAGUGAUAUGAGUAACAGACUGUUCCAAACCAAGACGGUGGUUUGGUUUCCUCAGAGAGCUAAUUGAAACCCAGUUAGAAGGACAUCUUGACUAAUGUAUGCCCAGUUGGACCUGAAGUGAGUAGCUCUGGCACAUGGCUUGGAGAGAAGGUUCAAAGCAAGUGUUUAGUGGUUGAGCUGGAUGAGGUAAUAUUGCCUUGUUUUGCAGGUGCAGUUUUUGAAUGAAGUUGAAUAAGCUAUUGGCAGAGUGCAAGGGUUGGACUGCGUUGAGUUGGACUCUGUUAAGAUGGGUUUGAUGUAGGUAAGAUCUAGGUAGUUGUUGGUAGACUAGUGCUUAAUUUUGGUGUGUGGCAUGAGGGUCAGUCUACUGCAGUGAUCGGGGACAGAAUUUGAAGGUUAUUUACAUAAGGUUGAGGUUGUUAAGAUCCAUGGUUAGGGUUGAGAGUGAGGGAGACACGGGUUGGUCACCAUGUUCCUGUAUUGGAAGAAGAGGGGGGCAUAUGAGCUCGAGACCCUCCCAUCCUACAUCAUUGAGCAGGGGGCAGAACGCUACUCCUGGUCCUCCUCAUUUGACGUCAUCCAUGAUCUUUGCGAUGAGAAGCCCGUUCAGGAGGAGGACUGGGUGGUGUGCCAGCACGCUGAAUGCCCCGACCGUCGACGAGCCUCGAAGGUGUGCCACCACUCGGACUGCCAGGACCUGAACAACAAGAGCCCACUUAAUUUGUGUGAGUCAUGUGACUCCCGCUGCCACCUGGAAGACACAGACAACAUGCACUUUGACCGACACCCCCGCUUUGACCUGCAACCCCAAGGUUCCAUCCUGGCCCGGAAUGUGUCGACGCGCUCCUGUCCCCCCCCCACCAGCCCCCCCUCUGACCUGGAGGAGGAGGAUGAAGGGGCCAACAACCAAGGGGAGCGUAAAACUGGGGGUCUGAAGUUGGUGAAGAAGAAACCACGGCGACGGCACACAGAUGACCCCAGAAAGGAGUGCUUCAGCCUCAAGUUUGAUCUGAACGUGGACAUUGACACAGAGAUCGUCCCCGCUGUGAAAAAGAAGACCCUGAGGGAGGUGCUGGGCCCUGUGUUUGAACGAAAAGGUAUUGAGUUAUCCCGGGUAGAUCUGUUCCUAGACCAGUCCAACACUCCGCUGUCCCUCAACUUUGAGGCCUACCGCUUCGGGGGCCACUAUCUCAAGGUCAAAGCACGGCCAGGUGAUGAGCUGAAGGUGGAGCAGGGAGUGAAGGACCUGCGCUCGCUCAGUCUGCCCAACAUGAAACCCUCCUCUGGGGUUCAGAGCUCCUACAUCCUCACUGCGGGCAGCGAGAGGGUGGAGCACGGCUCUCUGGGACGCAUGAAGAGCAACGUUGACCUACUGGUCAGCGCAGCCUCUACUACAGGUCAGGCGCGUCGCAGGAAAAACAUGACAGAGUUCCUUGGGGACGCCAGCAUCCCGUCUCCGGACUCCUUGGCCGGGCUGAGCGGCUCUCUGCCAGGCGUAGGACCUGGACCGGACAGCUGGAAGAACCGUGCAGCCAGCCGCUUCUCUGGCUUCUUCAGCUCCAACGCUGUAGCAGGGGCUUUCGGAAAGGAGAUGGACCGCAUGGAGCAGCUCCAGAAUAAGCUGCAGUCGUACACUCUUUUUGGCCUUCCCAAGGUUCCUCCUCAGCUGUCCUUCCACCAGGACUCCUGGGAAGAGGAAGAAGAGGAGACCAGCUUUGCACUGGAGGACAGCUGGACGCAGCUACUGGACCAUCCUGAGACUUUGACCAGACGCCCGUUCCAUCAGCAGGAGGCUAUCUGGGAGCUUCUGCACACUGAGGCCACCUACAUCAAGAAACUACGAGUCAUCACUGAUUUGUUCCUGUGUGGGCUGUUGAACCUGCAGGAGAGUGGUCUGCUGACAGAGGUGGAGCCAAUGCGUCUCUUCAGUAACAUCCAGGACAUCGUGCGUCUACACACUGCCCUUUGGAGCCAGGUGAUGCUGCCCGCCCUGGAAAUUGCUCGGCAGGCCAGGACCCUUCUCAACCCUGUUGACCUCCACCAUGGCUUCAGGACCUUUGGCUCCCGUUUCAAGCCCUACAUCCGUUACUGCAUGGAGGAAGAGGCCAGCCUGGAGUACAUGAGAUCACUGCACAGGGACAACGAGCUUUUCAGGAUCUACGUCACGUGGGCUGAGACUCAUAAGCAGUGUAAUCGUCUUAAGCUGGCUGACAUGCUGGCCAAGCCCCACCAGAGACUCACCAAGUACCCCCUACUGCUGAAGGCUGUCCUCAAGAAGACUGACGACUCAUCAUCCCGCGACGCCGUCAGCAGCAUGGUGGCGUGUGUGGAGGGCUUUAUCAACAGUGUGGACUCUCAGAUGCGUCAGCGGGAGGAGCGGCAAAAGCUAGCCACCAUCUCUGGACGCAUUGACUCCUACGAAGCAGUGGAGGGGAGCAGCGAGGAGGUGGAGAAGAUACUGCGUGAGUUUAACUGCUUUGACCUGAUGGCUCCUAUGAGAGGCACAUCACCAGAGGAGACCAGACAACUCCAUCUAGAGGGGGCACUGCGCAUGAAGGAGGGAAAAGACAGCAGGAUGGACGUCUACUGCUUCCUCUUCACGGACCUGCUGCUCAUCACCAAGCCAGUGAAGAAGGUUGAGAAGGUCAAGGUGAUCAGACAGCCACUCCUCAUCCACAAUGUUGUCUGCAAGGAACUCAAGGACCCUGGGUCCUUAAUUAUCAUCUACCUCAAUGAGUUCAAGAGUGCUGUGGCAGCCUACACAUUCCAGGCCAACAGCGCCACCCAGGGGCGAAGCUGGGUAGAUGCCAUCUGCAACGUCCAGAACCAGCUCGAGAGACUGCGGACUGAAGAGGUUCUCAGGCAGCAGACCACCUUACAGCACCGGCUACAUGGAGAGGAAGAAGAGGAUGAGGUAGACGAGAGUAGCAACUCCACCGCCAGCUCUCCCGGCACAAGGCACAAAGACGAGCAGGGACCAAGUCAUUCGGACGGCUCCACAGAGACCCUGUCAGUCAUGGACAUAGGAGAAGACUUAGGAGGGCACCCAGACCCCUCCGCCCCACACACAGACCCAGGCAGACCCUUAGAGAAAAGCCCAGACUCAAGCAUAGUUACCCUACCUACUGGCCCUGAGCCCCUGCACUGCCACCCUGCUAGCCCCCUGGACCCAGACCGGGACCCUGAGCAAGAGCAGGAGGAGGGUCUGGAGGGAGGGGAGGGUCAGCUGGAACCUCAGUGUCGCUCUCUGUCCAUGGAUAGUGCCUACGGUACCCUCUCCCCAGAGUCCCUCUUGAGAGAGAUGGACCUGCAGACACGGCCAGGCCAGAGCGAUGGAGAGGAGACCGAAGAGGAGGGAGAGGUGGAGAGCCACGAUGUGGGUGUGAAUUUGGACAAGAAGGUGGAAAUGGAACUGGUAGAGGAAGGAGGAGAGGAAGAGGAUUCAACCUCUGUUUGUUCCCAGCUGUCAGUGGUUCAGUCUCUGAAGCCUCGGCGACGCCCCCCGGUGACUCCCCGCCUCCACUGCUUCCAGAGCCGAAACAUCAAGUCCCGUUCAGAGGACAACCUCCUUCAGCUUUUCCACGACAACGUCUCUGUCUCCUGGAUACACACCCGCCGCCCUACUGUCCAGGAACCAUCAGAACACAGGAGAGAACAGGCGGAUUGCCUGGCCCAUAGUAAGAGCCUAUCAGAACUUGGCCGAGCCCGUGACCUCACUGGGCUGUUUCAAAUUGACCUCGACUCAGAACAGACUGAUGAUGACUUCCUCACCCUGAGCAUGCCCUCUAGUAAGCUAUGUGACACCCUGAGGAGGGCAGAGGCCCGCAAGAGGGCUCUGGGUGCAGCUGAGGCCUGCGAAGGCAGCAGGAGCCUGGCCAACAGUAGCGGCUCGGCGGUGGCGCCAUCUGGAGGACAGGAAGGGAAGUGCAGUAAGUCGUUGACAGCCGGUGGCCCAGAGGAGCAGUCAUUGGCCAAAAGCAGAAAGUCCCCGGCCCAGCAGCACAAGAAGCUGACCCUUGCCCAGCUCUAUAGGAUACGCACCACCCUAGUGCUCAACUCUACGCUCACCGCAUCGGAGGUGUAACCACUGGCAGACAACCAACCAACUAGUGACACCUGAGCAUGAAGAGGAACCACACUUGGUGGUGUCUGCAUGGAGGGGACUGAAUUCCUUGACACAAAUGCACUCUCUCAGAUGCCUUUUCCCUUUACAAUGCCUGUUGGACAGUGUCUGCUGCACAGUUUUGCUAUCUGACAAUAAGAAUAUUAUUUGCUGUUGCAUUUGGUUUCAGUUUAUUGCGAGGGGAAAGGCAGAGAGACAUUUAAAUGCUUGCACUUUGAAACGGACGGACAUAGCGUUGAGGGGAGCCGAGGCUGGGACCUUUAGGUGGACUGGACAGUUACUGGUGUGGGGUAACACUACCGGCCACCCAAUUAAAGGAGACUGUAAGAGGGGUCGUCCAGGCAUAGAUCUACCUGCUUCACUCUGCUAUGGACCGGACUGGAUCAGAGAAGAUGUAAGAAAGGCUUGGAUGGCCCAAAAACUCUUAACUCUUAAGUUAUGAAAAAAAAAGUGAACAGUUCCCGAAAUAUACCUGCUCUGUAGAAUGUGGUUGAAAAUACCAGCUCUGUAGAAUGUGGUUGAAAAUACCAGCUCUGUAGAAUGUGGUUGAAAAUAACAGCUCUCUAGAAUGUGGUUGAAAAUAACAGCUCUCUAGAAUGUGGUUGAAAAUAACAGCUCUGUAGAAUGUGGUUGAAAAUAACAGCUCUGUAGAAUGUGGUUGAAAAUACCAGCUCUGUAGAAUGUGGUUGAAAAUAACAGCUCUCUAGAAUGUGGUUGAAAAUACCAGCUCUGUAGAAUGUGGUUGAAAAUAACAGCUCUCUAGAAUGUGGUUGAAAAUAACAGCUCUCUAGAAUGUGGUUGAAAAUUCCGUCUCUCUAGAAUGUGGUUAAAAAUACCAGCUCUCUAGAAUGUGGUUGAAAAUAACAGCUCUAGAAUGUGGUUAAAAAUAACUUUUCUCGUGAAUGUGGUUGAAAAUAACAGCUCUCUAGAAUGUGGUUAAAAAUACCGGCUCUCUAGAAUGUGGUUGAAAAUACCGGCUCUCUAGAAUGUGGUGGUUGAAUUGCAGCAUUUAGGAUGUCAUGGUAUUUGUACUCCUCCUGGUUCGCUUUUGACAAAACAAUACAUGUUGCACAAUGGUAUCUUUGUGUUUAAUAGAAGAAUCGCAAAGGGAAUUACUUUACAUUCACAGUGCACACUUUGAAUUUGCUAUGUGUGUGUGUGUGUGUGUGUGGGGGGGGGUUAUGUCUGUGUUUGAAUGAAACAUUGUCCUAAACUCCUGACUGAACCAAAAAUACUUCCUUCAUGAUUUCCAUCCUCUGUGAGUAAUGCCAAAAUACCCAAAGAUGUAAAGACCUGACUAGCCAGUAGAUUUCAAACUAAAGGUUAACUUACAAGUGUUCAAACAACCAUAACAAACAGAACAUAAUGUAUUACUGUAUGUUAUCAACUGCUGUGUGUGUUUUCAAAUGUACACAGGCAACUAUUACAUUUUCAAAGUGGCUGCGUUUAAGACAUGGAGUAUUCUCUGGGCUUUGUGUUUUCUACUGGGCUGCUGCAGCCAUUUUUUCAAUGAAUAGUGGUUGUAUGAUUUAACUAUGAGAUGAUGAUGAUGAUCUGGUUUUCCAUUCUCAGAUGAACCCUUGGUUAUUGGGUGAAAUGGAGUUGUUUUGAGGAAACAUUACUGCACCAAUGUAGAAUGAUGUGAGCAUGCACUCACAACCUGCAGCCUACAUUAGAACAAACAGCAGCAGGUAGAAUGUGGUUAUUGUAAAAAAGUAGUCUACACUAAAAAGUAUUCCAUGUCAUGAUGAGCUUGGAGCACUUUUUGAGACAUUGUAUAUUUUGUGUUUAUUUAAUGUACAGUAACUUAGAAACUGAAAACAAUGGUUUGGGGUUGCAUAUUAUUCAUGAAUGAGUUUUCUUUGAUUGGUUUUCUGUCCACACUAAUAGGAGAAGUAAUUUGGCGGGAGCAUUGACCACCACAGUAGACUAACAUGGUCUAACUGACAUGCAGCUUGUUCUUAUUGAUGAUUUAAUGAGUUGUCGAAAAACCCUCCUUGUCAAGUGUUUCCCAAACUAAAUAGUUUAACAUUUGUUUACUUCUAGUUUUUGUUUAUUUGUAAUAUUUAUUAAGCUUGCUAUGUUUUUAUAUAUAUAUAAAUUCUUUGAUUUUAUGACUUGUACAUUUUGUCUUAAUAUUUUGUUUCUUGUUUUUCAUAUCAGGAAUGAUGAAUCUACUAUGAACCAAAACCAUUUGUUUUCCCUUUCAGGAAUGUCUCUAAAGUGUCUUACCAAAUAAAAAAUGAUCAUCAAA